AUGUAUCACGUCGUAUGCACAAUCGAUCGUGCUGCAGGCUUUGGGAUUGGUCUCGCGUCCGUGGGGCAUACUGCUACAGACAUUCAGUUCACUGACUAUAUAUUCUCCGCAUUUGAUCAGAUUCCUUGUGAACGAACUGUAAAGUUUCGCUACCGUUCAGGUGGCCACUUCUCUAUCAGCGUGCUGACCGUGCCUACACCAGCCAUGGCCGGGGCCGUGGAUCGUGUCUGGCUAUGCCAUUCACAGAGCCCUCAAGGGUUCUUCAUGGGCGCAUCUGGUCUUAAGGUAUCUAUCCACGAUUCUGACCCAGUGAUAUUCAUGGAGCCCAAAGUCCUCUAUCGUUCUGCAGUCGAACAAGUGCCAAUCGACGACUUCGCCCUCGCCUUCUCUCGCGCUGAGAUCAUCGUCGCAGGAUCUGGUCUAACACUCCUAACAUGGGCGCCCACGUCUACCACUGCAAAUUCACCUCCGUCUCCUCAAUUCCCCACCACCCUUACUCGCACCACUCAUCCCUCCCUACGCAGCGCCAAAGUCGAACUUAUCGAUCUCCGAACAAUAUGGUCAUGGGACGUAGAAACAAUUGUAGAGACGGGUGUGAUAGGUGGUGCUGGAAGAGAAAUUGCUGUUGAGGCGUCCGUAAGGAGGAUUACGGGGUGGGAUGUCCCGGCUGGGCUGCAGUUUGAGAAGUUCAAUAUGCCGGAUGCGGUCAGGGCUUUGGAUGGGAUCAUAGAGACGCUCAGUUACUGAUCUAUUUGCUGAUUCACGCCGUUCCUCAAGUUGACUUUGCGCCCACGGGUGUGGCAUAAGAUGGGAAAUGGAUAUUCAACGACGUAGUACAUUAGCAUGCAUGUAUACCCUGUAUGAGUGUGAUA